AUGCCCCUGCGUGGCGUAGGCCAUUCGAAACUGGUCGGCGACGAGGCACCCUUCUUUGAUUCUUUGGCAGAGCUCGAUGCUUGGUUCACGCAGCCUCACUCCAAGUUGGCGGGCGUCUUCCGGUAUCAGCCUCGUCCCCCAGUCAAAGGGCAAUCAGAUAACAGAGGGAAGUUACUGGUAAGGUAUGCCACGAUUAUAAAGUUGGUGACUCGUCGCAUCGGAGGCUACACCGAAUCACCGUCGGGGACCUGCUAUACCUUCAAUUUCUGGUCCCUGUGUGAUACAUUCGUCUACUUUUCACAUCAUCGCAUUACCGUUCCCCCUUCGGGGUGGAUUAACGCUGCUCAUAAGCAAGGCGUGAAAAUGUUGGGCGUUCUGAUAUUAGAACACUCAGAAUCAGAUACAGACGGCCUCAAACUUUUGCUAGGAAACGUUCCCAGCCUCUCCACCGGCUCAGACGCAGCGAGCGGAAGCAUCCGCCUGUCUGCGCACUAUGCAUCUUGCCUAGCCGAGCUAGCCUUUCAACGCGGUUUCGACGGGUAUCUGCUCAACUUCGAGUCUAGUCUCCCUGGCGGUGCCGAACAAGCUCGCGCUUUGACAGCAUGGAUCACCCUAUUGAGAGCAGAACUUCGCUCCAAAGUCGGAACCCACGCAGAUGUGGUGUGGUAUGAUAGCGUGAUCAUUAACGGAGAGUUGAGGUACCAAAACAGACUCAAUCAUCGCAACUUGCCAUUUUUCCUGGCUUCGGAUGCACUCUUCACCAACUACUUUUGGCCUCCUAAUUAUCCGGCACUUGGAGCAGGUUACUUUUUGUCCAUCGAUCCAGUCCUGUUGGGCAAUUCACCCAUAACUCGAAAUGUCCAAACGAGAGUGAAAACCCUUCAAUCGGUUUUGACGGGAGUUGAUGUCUGGGGCCGUAGUCAAUACGGUGGCGGGGGAUUUAACAGCUACAGAGCCAUUACCCACAUUGAUCCGCAAUCUCUCGGACUUAGCGUCGCACUUUUUGGACCGGCGUGGACCUGGGAAUCCGAACAGGACAAGCCCGGUUGGAAUUGGGAACAGUGGUGGGAUUACGAGCGUAAACUCUGGAUCGGCCCUUCUAACCCCGGCGAAACUGUACCGGUUCCCGACCCUCCGAAGCGCUCUGACAACCCUCCCUACAAUGAGGGCGCAUUCAAACCUCUGAGCGCAUUCUUCGUAAAUACGCCAUCCCCAGAUCCAGCAAAGUCUCCGUUCUAUACCUGUUUUUCCCCUGGAAUUGGUUGGUCCUGGUUCGUCGACGGCGUGAAUGUCUUGCAGACCGAGAAGGGCUGGACGGACAUUGACAAGCAGUGUUCUAUUGGUAAUCUUGCAUGGCCCACACCCACUUUGCAAUGGGAGGGCGACGGGAGGAACGAAGAUUUGCCCACCGCAUUGACCGCAUUUGAUAUGACGGACGGAUGGAACGGCGGUAAUACCUUGAAGGUUUCAGUCGCAUGUGGAGGCAGUGAUGCGGAGGAUGCGUUCUUCCGAUGCAUCUGGUUACCCGUUCAGUCUUUGACGAUUAGCGCUGGGAGGUCAUACGAAACCUGCAUUGCAUACAAACCCGGGUCGGACGAGACCGUCGACCUUGAUCUUGCUGUCAUGGUCAAACCUCUUUCCUUAGGGGAGGAAGGGGAAACCAAAUUGGAAGUCGGGCAAGCUAUUCUGACCGAUCUUCUGCACGGAUGGUCCAAGCAGGAAUUGACAUUCACCUCGACGUCAACAUCGGGUCCAAUAUCGAUCGCUGUUGGUCUCGUAGUUGGUUUCGUAGCUAAAGACCCUUCUUUGCCGUGCAACUUCGCAUUAUCGCUCGGCAAACUCGCAGUAUACCCCUCUCCACCAACUCCACCGAUAUCAGUAGGUUCUCCCCAUGUUUUCUGGGCCUGUUUCACUCCCGACUCUGCUACGGAUUCCUUAGCUAACUUGGUCGGCGUCUUGACUUGGGACACGGCACUCUCUCUCCCGCCAAUGCCUCCGAUUGACCCAUACAAAAAUCAUCCUGAAGACCCACGCCCUGCCUGGGUCUUAGACGACGCUCUACCCCAAUCCGUAUCUUUCCUGUACUUCAACGUCUACGUCACCACUUACGCAAGUGAGAUUGAUACGUCGGAUUUGCUCCCCACCACGUUCAUCGGCACCACUGGACUGGACGGGCGUGCCAACCGAUUUUACGUUGAACCGCAGUGCCUGCCUCAGGGGUUAGAACGGAAAAGGUGUCUCAGAUUUUAUGUGCAAGGCGUCACGAAUCUCGGCGAAGUUCUCCCUUGGGAGAGGUGUGCCUUUGUAGACUAUAUCAUCAAGCCAUGA